AUGUCCGAGCUUUGCUCUCCUGCCAUGCGGGUGCUGGCCCACGGAGUGUGGGCUCCACACGCGGGGCUUGGGGCCCUGCUGGGGAGCUGUGCUCUGGGGCGCGGCCUCCUUUUGGGCCGUCCCCGCGGCCUGCACGGCUCCCCGGUCUCCUGCGGCAACAAGAACCUGCUCAAGAAAUUCGCUUCGAAAACCAAGUUCCUAUUUAACAUUACUUACAGACCGUCUAAGUUGGAGUUCCUCAUGAAGAAUACCUCAGGGAAAACCAAGAAGGAAGACCAUGUACGCCUACGGGCCUUAAAUGGCCUUCUCUACAAAGCGCUGACAGAUUUGCUGUGCUCCUCUGAAGUAAGCCAGGAGGUCUGCGACCUGAAUGUGGAACUCUCCAAGGUGUCUCUGACUUCAGAUUUCUCAGCCUGCCGCGUGUACUGGAGGACGUCUCUGUCUGCUGACCAGAACAGGCACACCAAAGCCGUCCUACAGAAGAGUGCCGCCCACAUGAGGCACCUUCUGAUGGCCCAGCAGACCCUGUGCAAUGUGCCGCCCAUUGUGUUUGUUCAGGACAGAGGGAAUGAAGCUCUGGCUGAGGUUGAUCGGUUGCUGGCAGUUGCCGACUUUGGGCCCUCCGAUGGAAAAGAAGACUUGGUACCAAAUGAUGCCAAGGAGCUCCUGGACCAGCCUCAUAUGUUCCCACGUCUGUGUGGGAUUGACCAUGAGGCGCUCAACAAACAAAUCAUGGAAUACAAGAGGAAGAGGGAGAAGGGGUUGGCAAGCAUGAGCCCGGGGCAGCCUGGAGUACAGGAGCAGCUGGCUGAGCUGGCGAGGCAGAUGAAGAGGAAAAAGAAGCAAGCAAAGCCCCCCAUCCAUGAUGUCUCCCCCAAGAGCUUCCUGUUGGACCAGGAGAGCGAGGAUAGUGUGGACGAUGAGGACCACACAUGGCUUGAGGAGGGUGCCCCGGAGUGUGGAGGCCUGGAGGUGGAGACAGGCAUCCACAGGCAGGGCUCCGGAGAGUGA